UUACAACGGUGUAUACUGACGUACACAUGUUGUGUGUGUAACAGGCCUUGUUUUUUACGUACAGGAACAAACACAGGCCUAGAUACUUAUAUAGGCUACACAUCUAUAUACGUAUAUAAGUAAGUAAGCUUCUGAAGUACGAUGACCUACUUUACUGUGUGUUGUCACGUUUACAGCCGAUUCAAUGACCUUGUUCAUGUCGCUGUUAUGUUUUCGUCUUUACUCUCAGAUCUGACCCCACUUUUGAUAUCAUAUAUAGCAGAAAGCCAGCUGAAUUACGUGUGGUAAAUGCAGCGUUACGGAACUUGAUAACUUGGGCUGAAGUAGGCUAGGCUAUCUACGUCCAAUACAGCCCAAUCAUUUCGGAGUUUUCACAGUACGUGGUACUGCACGAGAUGUCGUCCUUCCACGGCAUCGGACUGAUGUCCGGCUCGUCACUUGACGGCUUGGAUAUAUGUUACGCCGAAUUCACCGGCGACGUGGACACUGACGUCUGGGGCUACCGCAUACUGAAGACACUGACGUUGCCUUACACAGAGGAAUGGUUGGAAAGAUUACGGAACGCCCACCUAUUGAGCGGGCUGGAUUUAAUCAAGCUCCACGUCGACUAUGGUCGAUUCUUAGGCGAAACAGUGGAUGAAUUCAUCGAUGCCGAAGAUGCCAAACCCUUCUUCGUCGCGUCGCAUGGCCAUACCGUGUUCCACCAACCCGAGCGGCAUGUCACGUUCCAGCUGGGCGAAGGGGAGACAACCGCAGCAUAUUUGCACUGUCCGUUCGUGUGCAAUUUCAGGAACAAGGACAUUGCCCUUGGCGGACAGGGUGCCCCUUUAGUCCCCGAGGGUGAGCGCUACUUGUUCAGCAGCGUUGACAUAUGCGUUAACCUCGGGGGCAUCGCAAACAUUAGCUGGAGAGGUCAGAACGGCCAUGACAUCUGCGGAUGUAAUGCUGUUCUCAACAUGCUAGCAGGAAAACAUGGCAACUUUUCUCAUGAUGUAGACGGACAGAUAGGAAAAAGCGGCAAUGUGCUAGAAAACGUCCUCCAAGAGUUGGAAUCUUUGAAAUAUUACACGCUUCCACCGCCAAAGUCACUUGGAUUGGAAUGGAUUGUGGAGAACGUAUAUCCAAUUCUUGACACGAACAAGUACAGCAUUCCAGACUUGCUAUGUACGUAUUCAGAGCACAUUGCUCGGGAGGUCAGCAAGGCCUGCUACGCCGCCCAGGCCUUACCCCAGCCUUACUUCGCUCGCAAGAGAUCCACGGGUAACAGACAAAUCCACUUAACAGUCCUGGUGACAGGGGGUGGAGCCUUCAACAAGUGUGUCAUGGACAGACUCCGUGAUAAGCUUAGCCAGAAGAACAUCGUCUUGGCGGACACGGACGAUGAAACAGUGCAGUUCAAGGAAGCUCUGUUGUUUGCCUUCUUGGGACUGCGUUGUUUGUUGGGGCAACACAACGUCAGCAGUAGUGUCACAGGCAGCUCCAUGGAUUCAGUCAGCGGUAGCAUUCACUUACCCCCCAAGUCCGCCCAGACCCCUCUGACGCCAAAACGGGACAGGUUGUCAUUCGGCCUUAGACGUCAGUCUUCUCAGGAUAACGUUUAAUAUCGACCAUUGAGACCUCCAAUCAGUGAAACACUCAGAGUAGCAGCUACAAUAAUAAUCUGUGCAAUUUACGCGGUUGAUAGCUGUGACACGUUUUAAAUUUAAAAUGCUGAUCGAUCCAAAGAGAAGAUGGUGUCCGAUACGAAAGCAUAAAUCAUCUAAAUAAAUCAAGUCCAAUACAACUUAUUUCCCCAAGGCUUUUAUAUCACUCGGUUUACUGCGCUACAGUCUUCUUACCGGUACUUUGCAGAUCGGCAUGGUUAUAUAAGCAGAUACUUAUAGCGCCGUUUCAACUUCGCAAUGCUUUAUGGAAAAGGAAAUAAAAGUGCCAAGCAAAUGCAGUGUAUUUAGUGAAAGCACUCUGAACACAGGGCGGACAAACUUGGGUAGGUGACCCGAGAGUUCCAAGAAGUGUUUGGACGUCACCUCUAUGGCAGGAAACCAUGCGAACCAAUAUUGCUGCUUCUGUUGAUUUUGACACAUGGAGUUGACGUUUUAGUCUUCACUCGUACAAAGACUAUUAAGUGCUAGUGUUGCCAGAUUUUCCCUGCCAUCGGCCGUGAACCCAGACAACCUGAAAAUCUAACUGAGAUCUAGUUAAUCUUUGGAGAAUGAAUGGAUGGCUGACGGAGUGGAUUUUAGUCAUAAUGGACACCCUUGAUGAGGAAUCAGAUGUCCAAAAAAUUUCACCAUGGCUAAAGAUAUUGUUGAAGUAGAGUCUUGACAAGUUUGGCUAUACGAAUAUUUAACAGAAAUGCUUAUAGAAUAAAACAGAAAUGUAUGCAUGAUAAAUUCGGUUAAAUUCAAUUAGGACAUACGGAACUGCUGAUAAAAUUGUAGAGUAAAAGCAGUUAUUGGAUCUU